GGCAAACUUACCAAUUAAACAGAUAUUGUUAACAAAGAGAUUAACAGAGAGAAAACUAAAAAUGGGGCACCAUUCUUGCUGCAACCAGCAAAAGGUGAAGAGAGGGCUUUGGUCGCCGGAAGAAGAUGAAAAGCUCAUAAGAUAUAUCACCACUCAUGGCUAUGGCUGCUGGAGCGAAGUCCCUGAGAAAGCUGGUCUUCAAAGGUGUGGGAAGAGUUGCCGGUUGAGAUGGAUAAACUACUUGAGGCCGGAUAUAAGAAGAGGGAGAUUUUCCCCAGAAGAGGAGAAGUUGAUCAUAAGCCUUCAUGGAGUUGUUGGAAACAGAUGGGCACACAUUGCAAGUCACUUGCCAGGGAGGACAGACAAUGAGAUAAAGAAUUAUUGGAAUUCUUGGAUUAAAAAGAAGCUUAAAAAGCCUCUAUUAUCAACAUCUCAUACAAACACUACAACCUCUGAUACAACUCCUCCUACUACUACAAACGACCAUCGUCUUCUCCAACCUCAAACCUCACCAUUUUCUUUCAUUAACACUACCAAUAAUAAUCAACUUGAUUUCUUCAACACCCAAGAUUCCCUCCAACUCCGACAAACCCUAUUUCCAUUUCCUAAUACUAAUACUAAUCCAUUCUUUCCGUUUGACGCUAACGCCGCCGCGCUGGAAGGAGUUAACGGGGACUUCACCGACGACCGAGCCGCCGCCGCUGAUCAGCCGUUUCAAGAUUCGCCGGCGGCAUUUUGGCAGCAAGAGCUUCAGGCGGCGGCGUCGUUCAGUAUGGGCAUGGAUUCCGGUUACUUAUUAUUACCGCCGUUAAUGGAGAACAUCAUGACGCUGCCGCCGCCGCCGUCCGUGGAGGUGCCGGCGCCACCGUGUAACAUAGCUCUGGCACGUGAGAGUGAUCACGUGAGCGAAUGGGCCGCCGUCGACACACAACAUCAGUGCCCCGGCAGCUUUCUGUUCUGGGAUCAAACAGAUAAUGGAGAAGAACUUGGUGUGCCGACAACAUCAAACAUCGGACCCAUACUAUCCUCGUCUUUUCCUUCUUCAAUAUGAUUGAUUUAUUAUUAUUUUUAAUUUUAUUUUAUUCUUUCUUUCUUUUGUUUAUUAUUAUAUACCCGGGAUUUUUGAAUUAUUUUGAUUGAAUAUGAGAGAGUGAA